UGGAGUAAGUUUAAAGUACGGGGAAGAAAUGGCCUUCAUUUUUGGAUUUGUGGAGACGCUGGAACCAAUAGAAAAUUUAGAAGAGAGACAAAAGCCGUGGCAAAAUGAGGGGAAUCGGAUCACGUAAAAAAUCGGGUAUAAUUUAUUUCCUGGUGGUGCUCCUUUUUACUGAAAACAUAAAUGGGACGCCGAACCAGAAUUUGCAUCAUCUGCAACAACAACAACAUCAACAACAACAACAACAACAUUUUCCCCAGGAGCAGCAAGGUCAGCAAGGUCAACACCACCCGGGGGGACAGCACAUCAACAAUGGGAAUCAUCACAAUAUGGGGCAGCAUCAUAACGGACAACCGCUCCCACAACAUCACGGGGGCAAUUAUGGACCACCACCCCCACACCAUGCUCAGCAGCAGAUGCACCACCCCCAACAGCACCACCCACAACCCCAGCAUCAUCCAGGGAACCAGCAUGGACACCAUCCACAACAACAGGAUGGAUCACAAUUUGGUCAAAUCCAACCAGCCGAGCAACAACAGCAACAACAGCAACAACCCGGAAACGGGAUGCUUAACCCGGGACAACAGGACAUGUCGGGUGGUGCUGGUGGUCAAUUCAAAGACGGCGGAGGUCAAUUUCACGGCCCAAAUCCCUCCGGUUACCCCGAAUUUCCCCGACUUACCCCCGAGUUCCCCCGACUUAUUACCCCCGAAUUCCUCCACCACCCAAAUUCUCUUGGAUCCUUUGACUCCCCCCAAUUCCCAAAUUUCCCAGAAACUUAUUUUUCUCCCGUCCUCCCCCCGAACGAACACCUCCACCAAAUUUUCUCCACCCUCUUUUCCCACUGCCAAUCCCCCCACGAGGGCGCCCGCCUCUGUCUCAUCGAGUCCCUCCUGGGGGCCAAGGAGCAGCUAAAAUUCGCGCACGAAGGGCUCGCCGCGCACAACCGGUACCGCGCCCUGCAUGGCGUCCCCGAUCUUAAAUUGGACCACAAGUUGUCCCGCGAUGCGCUCGCGUACGCCAAAGUUUUGGCGGGAAGGGACUCGCCCGUCGUCCAUUCGGACACGACGGACCGCGGGGAAAACAUUUAUUCGGCGCGGGGCUACAAAAUGACGGGUAGUUUGCCGGUGGAUGGAUGGUAUAGCGAGAUUGCGCUGUAUAACUUUUCCAAUCCGGAACUGGACUUUGGUAAAAAUGCGCACUUUACGCAACUCGUGUGGAAGGAUACGGAGCGCGUGGGGAUGGCGUGGGCCAAGAGGAAGAAGAAUGGGGAAAUUAUGGUGGUCGCGCAGUACCAGCCGUCCGGAAAUGAUGCGGAUGUGUUGAAGGAAAAUGUGUUGGAGCCGAAAAAGGUGGAGAAAAAAUGGGAGGAAGGUGAUAAAUAGAUGAGCAGAGGGCGGAUAUGUAUUUAUGAAAAAAAUGUGCGAAAUAAAUA